UCGAUGUGUACCAAGUUUCCCCUCGUGGUUUUCAUACCUCUCUCUUUCCCUCCUGCCAUGUGAGGCACCGGGAUCUGCACCGCUUAUCUUUUUUUCUGCAGACUCUGGAUGUAACGAUGAGCAAGUGAUUCUUGCGGACCUGAAUUGGGACUGAAUGUGGUUGUAACUAUGGUAACGACAGGGUGGAGGGUAUGGGCCCUCUCCCCUUGUGGACUCAUGCUGGUCAUUGGUUGGUCUGUGAGUUUGUCCCAGCGCCAGAACGUCAGUCUUGCAGACUGCAGCAGGAAGGAGCAUCCCGUUGUCUCCUAUCAAGAUUUGAGGACGAGGAUGUUUGAGUUCUCCUUUCCAGGAGUGAAGGAUUUCUCCCAGCUGGCCAUGGACAUGAGCAGAAACCAGCUCAUUGUAGGGGCAAGAAACUUCCUCUUCCGGCUGAGUUUAAGCAACACCUCCCUCAUACAGGCAACAGAAUGGUCUCCUGAUGAAGACACAAAGCGCUCGUGUCAAAGCAAGGGGAAAUCUGAGGACGAAUGUCAAAACUACAUCCGGGUUUUGCUUAUCAAUGGGAGAAUGCUCUUCACAUGUGGAACAAAUGCUUUCACACCCGUCUGCGUAUCUAGGCAGAUUUCCAACAUCAGUCAAAUUUUGGACACAGUGAACGGUGUCGCACGCUGUCCCUAUGACCCCCGUCACAACUCCACUGCCAUGGUGACGCAGAGGGGGGAACUGUACGCCGCCACGGUGAUCGAUUUCUCCGGACGCGACCCGGUCAUCUACAGAAGCCUGGGGAACAUGCCGCCUCUUCGGACUGCCCAGUACAACUCCAAGUGGCUCAAUGAGCCUCAUUUCGUGUCUGCCUACGAAAUCGGCCGGUUUGCCUACUUCUUCCUGAGAGAGACUGCCGUGGAAAACGACUGUGGGAAGAUGGUGUUCUCUCGGGUGGCGCGGGUCUGUAAGAACGAUGUCGGGGGACGUUUCUUGUUGGAAGACACCUGGACCACCUUCAUGAAGGCUCGCCUGAACUGCUCACGCUCAGGUGAAAUCCCCUUCUACUUCAACGAGCUGCAGAGCACGUUCCACUUGCCGGAGCAAGACAUCAUUUAUGGCAUCUUUACCACAAAUGUAAACAGCAUAUCAGCUUCGGCUGUUUGUGCCUUCAAUCUGAGCUCCAUCACUUUGACUUUCAAUGGACCCUUUCGCUUCCAGGAGAACCCCCGCACUGCCUGGCUCUCUACUCCAAACCCUAUUCCCAAUUUCCAGUGCGGCACACUGGAGGAAGACGGCCCCGGUGGGAACCUAACAGAGCGUAGUCUUCAGGAUGCACAGCGGCUCUUCCUCAUGAGCGACGUCGUCCAGCCAAUUACCACUGACCCCUUUCUUACCCAGGACAAUGUCCGCUUCUCCAAGCUGGUGGUGGACAUCGUGCAAGGCCAGAGCGCUCUCUACCACGUCAUGUACAUUGGCACAGAGUAUGGCAGCAUCCUGAAGGCUCUGGCCACAACCAACAAAAGCCUUCAUGGUUGCUACCUUGAAGAGCUCCGGAUCCUCCCAGAGGGGCAAAGGGGAACAAUAAAGAGUCUGAAAAUCCUGCAGAAGGACAGGUCGCUGUUCGUGGGACUCGAUGACAGACUGGUGAAGAUCCCGUUGGAACGCUGUUCAAGUUAUCAAACCGAACGGAGCUGUUUGGAGGCUCGGGAUCCUUACUGCGGAUGGGAUCUGGAGCAGAAACUAUGCACCACCAUUGAGGGAAGCUCUAACAUGAACCAUUGGAUCCAAAACAUCACCGAAUGCCCAGUGAGGAACUUGACACAGGAUGGUGGGUUUGGUCCCUGGGCAAUGUGGCAGCCUUGUAACCAUGACGAUGGCGAGGGCACUUUCAGCAGCUGCAAGUGUCGGUCCCGCUCGUGUGAUGGACCGGUGGCCAGAUGUGGAGGGGUUGAAUGCAAAGGUCCAACCAUCCAAGUGGCGAACUGCUCCAGAAACGGUGGCUGGACUCCCUGGUCCUCUUGGGGUCAGUGUAGCAGCAGCUGCGGCAUUGGAUUUGAGGUGAGGCAGCGGUCCUGCAACAACCCCUCGCCUCGCCACGGGGGUCGAAUAUGUGUCGGCCAGGGUCGGGAGGAGAGGCUGUGCAAUGAGAAAAAGCUGUGUCCCCUGCCUGUGUUGUGGACAGCCUGGGGUCCCUGGGCUCAUUGCAGCGCUGAAUGCGGUGGAGGGGUCCAGUCCAGGACUAGAUCCUGUGAGAAUGGGAACACCUGCCCUGGAUGUGCAAUGGAGUAUAAAGUCUGCAACCUGGAGAGCUGCCCUGAGGUGCGCCGCAACACCCCCUGGACACCCUGGAUGCCGGUCAACGUCAGCCACGAAGGGUCCCGCCAGGAGCAGAGAUUCAGGUACACCUGCCGGGCGCCACUUCAUGACCUCCAGCAGCUCCAGCUGGGCAAGAAGAAGCUGGAGACCCGCUUCUGCCCAAACGACGGCUCCGGAGCUUGCCAGACUGACACUCUGGUUGAAGAGCUGGUGCGGACUAGUGGCAGAACUACGUCCCAGCCCCAAGGUGCCCGAUGGGGACCAUGGGAAACGUGGUCCAGCUGCUCCCAGCAGUGUUCCAGAGGUUUUCGGACCAGAAAACGUAGCUGCUCCACGUCAGAAGGAAGGACCAACCUGGCGGCUUGUGCUGGAUCUCCAGUGGAGUAUCAGGACUGUAACGCUCACCCCUGCCCAGUGAGUGGAGCCUGGUCAUGCUGGUCUGCCUGGACCCAGUGUUCCUCCAGCUGUGGAGGCGGCCACUAUCAGCGAACUCGGACGUGCAGCAGCCCGGCCCCUGCAAACGGAGGGGACAUCUGCAUUGGCCUGCAUACAGAGGAGGCCCUCUGUAACAUACACCCCUGUGAAGGCUGGGGUGAAUGGACGGACUGGGGCGAGUGCGACGACGAGGGUGUGCAGCAUCGCAGCCGACGCUGUCGGGAGGAGCAGGAGGCUGAGGCCAGCCUCUGCCAGGGAAACCUCACUCAGUCCAGGCCAUGUCAGCCGCAUGAGGUACCAGUGAUUUUACCCGGGCAGGAGAACCAGAGCUGUGGAAAUUUCACAUUGUUCCAGUUGGUGGCAGUGGGCCUAGCCAGCUUCUUUGCUGCAGCUCUCCUCUCAGGGUUGGCGUACUCAUACUGCCACCACCUGAACCGGCCGUCGGCAGAGUCCGCCGUUAUCCACCCCAGCACACCCAACCACCUGACGUACAACAAGCAGGGCAAUGUCGCGCCAAAGAACGAGAAGUACAUACCCAUGGAGUUCAAGACGCUAAACAAGAACAACCUCCAUGUGAACGACGAUACGUGCAACCACUUCUCCUCCCCGAUGGCGUCCAGCAACAUGUUCACCGCCACCUACUACCCUCCCUGUGUGAGCAAGUACGACUUCCACCCCGACUCGCCCUGCAGGUCCUACAUGCACAGCUGAGAGGAGCCGUUUCUAUGCCAACAUAACCGGAAAACCUUCCUGAAAGUUAAAAACAUUUUUCUGGCCAUUGGAAUUUUUUUAUUCAAGGUGCAGUUUCUCCCCAGUCACCAGAAAUAUUCUAAUUAAGGACAAAUAUCCAAACAGUUUUCAGAAAAAUCUACUAUUAUGAAUUAUAAAGAACAACAUUGAAAAUAAAUGUUAUUUAUUUCAGAAAUUCAAUUCAAAAAGUGGAUAUCUUGAGGCACUACAGGCACGAUAAUAUUUCUUUCUUUUAAAUUUGAUAAUACUAGAUGUAAAGAAUAUCCAAAAGUUUCGGAAAACUUGAUUGUUACGUUAGACCAAUAAAAAUAAUUAUUUCAUAAGGAUAUGAAAUAAUUCCUAUGAAACAAGGGAAAUCUGGCUGCCUAUUCACUAUAUAUUUCACCACAUAUUAUUGGAAAGUUGAGUGGAAGGAAAACGUUCAACUAAAAAAAAAGGCAUAAUAAAUGGCAGUCAUGAGAACAUUGUGAGUUCUAUCAAAGCAGUCUGGGCUUCCUGGACACCUCAGCAGCCUAAAUUGCACUGAUGUAGUAAUUCAUGCAAAAGGAGCCCUGACCAAAUAGUAUGUGGGAAUACUUCUCAGUUGGGUGACAUUUUUGUAUUUAAAAAAACAAAACAAAAAAACCCCAUCUUAAAUACUCUUCAAUAGAAUUUUUUUUUUGGUUUUUCAUCAGCUGUAAACCACAGUCAUCACAAAUAACAGAAAUCUACUCUCAAAAACAUUCAGCGCAUAAUAAGUCUAUAUAAAAUAUGACUUUCACUUUUUGAAUGGAAUUCCUGAAGCAAAGGUUUUGAUAUCCAAAUUCAUAGAGAUCCACCCAUAGAAAGAAGAAGAAGAAGAAGAAGAAGAAGACCUUCCUCUGGUCUCAGACACCAAGUCAAUCAUAAACAAAGAGCUGCCUUUGGUCAGGUUGACCCAUGAGCCACCCAGAGGUCAUUGCCAGAGGCUCAGGGGAAUCAAAACAAAAAUGCUCUAGCCUUGAACUCCACAAGCCGGAUGUGUUGUUUUAUGAACUCUCUGAAAACUAAAAAUGGCUUCUGACGUUCUGCACUGAUGUUCUGUCGGAGUGAGAGAGCGGUUUCAACUCUCCACACAAGGGGAUUGACUACAUCUUAAUAGGAACCAUCAGGAUUUCUUACACCCUGCUGAGCCACAGACUCUCUGAAUGGAUUUCUGCUUUGACGUGCAGAUCUGUGGCUCACUUGCUUUAAUUUUUGUGUCAAAACUGCAAUGAAAAGAAGACGAAAUAGAAAACUUAAAUGUUGUUUUUAUCAGCAGAAUGUAUAAAUUAUCUCCCAGGUGUUCAGUGGUUGAAUAUUCGGGGAAGUGAACAUAAAAUUCAAUCAAGUUAUAUCUGAGGUAUUUCCAGUCCUGGUCAGAAGUUUACAUACUUCUUUGAUUCAAGGUUUUAAAAAUGGAUUUGACAUGUCCUUCCAGAAUACAGGGGUUAUACAACAAACAUCCUGAGUAAGGUUUGAAUUUAUUGUGCUUUUAAUCCACAGAGAAUCCAACUUACACGCUAAAAGCAAAAGCAGUAGUGGUUUGUCUGCAGCUUGUUCAAGAAGACCAAAUGUUAAUGGUAAAAUCUAUAGCAAAUUGAAAAGAUUUUAAAUACUGUUGCAGUUGCAGGUUUUAUACUUAUUUACGAAACAACGGGUCAAAUAAAUCUGCAUAAACCCCAAGUUAUUGACAUUUAUUACAGUAAAUGUACAUAUAAACUUCUGAAUGAUACUGUACUGUAUAUAGAAUAUUUAUUUGGUUAAGGACGUUUCCCCAUCUGUGGUUCCGAGCAAUAUCUCUGAUGAUAAAGCAAAAUUUAGACACAUUCAAGAUUUUUUUUUUGUUUUUUUAAUAUGAAUCACACGUUUUCUUAAAUUACAAACAAUUCACCUUUUGUUUCUCAAACUGAGUAGAUACAAAUCAAUAAUAUAAUCAAGUCAUAAAUAAAAAAGCAAUCAAGUUAAUCUGUUGUGCGUAAAUAUUGUUUUUAUGUACUGCCUCUUAAUACAUUUUUGGGCAUAAUGUUCAAACAUUUGAAGCUAUUUCUUAGAGAUCAUUCAUUGUUCGAUUAAUGAGAAACAACCACAAACAUAUGUUAAUUUAAACAAAAGUUUUACAUCCUUUCGAUACAGUGUUCUGAAAAAGUAUUUGCCGCAUUCAGAUUUUCUCUUUUCUUGCUUUUUCAGUGAAACUUGCUUUAAUGCUUCAUUUUGUUGUUGUUUUUAGACAAUAAAAACAUUUUCAAGUCCUUAGUUAGCAAAUUAAAAAAAUUAUUUGCUAACUAUACUGACCACUCAAUUGCUGCAAAAUGCUUAAACUUUAUAUCAAACAGAAUAUAAUAGAAAAAUUCUUUAAUUUCCCAUAAAAGUGAAAUUGAGGCGUGCCACCAUCAAAUUAAAGGUAAAUAGACCCAUGCACAUUCAGACUAAGGUUAAAAAAAUUAAAUGUAAAUAUAAAAACCAGAGAUGGUACAGUAAGGCCAAAAUUACAGCAUAAGAAAAGUAAUACAGUAGAGCUACUACAAAUAGCAUUCUAGGUUUAAUUAGAAAGAUGCAAAAUAUGAUCCUUGGUAUGUUGAGAAUAUGCAUCAACAGGCAUUAGUAGCAGAUUUGCCACAAAAGGUUAAAGUGCUGGAAGGUUUAAAGUAUAAACAGAAGACAUUUGAAAGGAGGUAAAAAUGGUUUCAGUGCAAUGUGCCUUACUCAAGGUUGUAACAUUCUGUAUUAUUAUCAUAUAAUUUUCAUAAAGUAUGAAUUUAUCCUAGGAUUUCUGCGUUAGCACUCAUUAAGCAAAGACGUCAUUAAUAACACCAGAGAUAUUCUGGACUGAACAUUUCCACACUUUUAGCUGAAAUUACACAUUUUUCUCUGUAUCUGGUGCCAAAUGACAAUGUUUCUUUGACAGAUAUCUUUUCCGAAUAUGUUAGAAAUUACAUCAUAUUGUAAAAUAGCAAAAAACAUAGUACAAUUGAGUUGGUGACAAAUUCUGUUCACUUCUUGCUGACGUAGCAAAACCCCUACAUGUACUAUACCUGCCCUUAACUGAAUUUUUUUUUAAUUUUUGUGUCCUUUAUCUAAAUCAAAAUGAGAAAAAGAAAUUGUGUUUGUUUUGUUUAUUUCUGUGCCAUGUUUAUAUUACUGUGUAUGUCUGAAUCAGAAAUCUGACUAUAAUGAGACACCCUCUCAGAGAUAGAGCCAUGCAAAGGUUUUCACCCUGUAGUCACUAAAAAUCUCCUUAAGCUGCCAGUUAAGGUAAAGCACCAUAUCUCUAUCGUGUUAGGCAUAAAUACCAUACAUACAUGGUACACUUUAAAGUUUUUUAUGUAUAAAAACAUUGGAAACCACAUAUAUCCUUUUCACUUCCCAAGUGAACACUACUUUGUAUCGGUCUAUUGUGUAAACUGGAGUUUGUGGUUACAACCUCAUAAAUGUGAAAAAGGUUCAAGAGGAGUGAAUACUUUUGCAAGUGUUGAGAAAAGAAGCAGAAAACACCCAAUUUGGAUAGAGAACUGUUGAACACUUAAUUCAGUAUCGUCCUCACACUUUGCUCAAAGAGCCCUAAAAGUAAUUUUCUUGCCCUAAAAAAAACUUGCUUGAUGUGAAUUUGACUGAACACUGCCUUUUUUGGACACUGUAAACUUUUGGUACUCUAUAUUUUUGUAUUAUGUAUACUGUGAAAAAAAAAUCCAGGUGAAUAAAUGAA